UCUAUAGGGAGGUGGGCUUUCAAAAUCACGUCCGUACCCAUAAUGUUCGCUUCUUCCUCGCUUUAAGCCACCUUGCCAACGAACAUGGCCGGCACCGAGCCGGAGGUGGUGGUGGAUUUGUGCACGGUUCCUCUCGUGGCGCUGAACGUGACGGUGAGGAAAAAGCUGGGGCUCUACCUGAACCCCAAACACACGGUGGCCGCCGACUGGAUGGAGGUGGCGGAGGAAAUGGGCUUCUCCUACCUGGAGAUCGAGAACUACAAGACCUUAACCGACCCCACCAGAACCGUCCUGGUGGAGUGGGCCGCGCGCAGCUCGGACGCGUCGGUGGGAAGGUUGUUGUCGAUCCUCGAGAAGAAGGAGAGGCGAGACAUCGUGGAGGACCUCCGCUCCUUAAUAGAUGAGGAUGUCAGGAAGUACUGCGAGAACCUGAAGAAGAAAAGCGAGCCCCCGGUUCAGGUUCCCGAGGUGGACAGCUGCGUCCCGCGCACCCUUGAGAGGACUGGACUCACCGUGGACGACGACCCGGAAGGUGCUCCUGAGCUGUUCGACGCCUUCAUCUGCUACUGCCAGAGCGACUUCGAGUUCGUCCUGCAGAUGAUCCAGCAGCUGGAGCAGACGGAGUACAAGCUGAAGCUGUGCGUGUUCGACAGGAACGUCCUGCCGGGCUCCUGCGUUUGGACCAUCACCAGUGAACUCAUCGAGAGGAGGUGUAAGAGAAUGGUGGUGGUGAUUUCUGACGAAUACCUCGACAGCGACGCCUGCGACUUUCAAACCAAGUUUGCGCUCAGCCUCUGCCCAGGUGCUCGGAGUAAACGUCUCAUUCCAGUUAUCUACAAGCCGAUGUCGAAACCAUUCCCCAGCAUUUUACGCUUCCUGACGGUCUGCGAUUACACACGGCCGUUUACGCAGGGCUGGUUCUGGAUACGGCUCGCCAAGGCUCUCUCAUUACCAUGAUCACAGACUGGGAAAUCAGCUGUUUUUAUCAUUUCAAAAAGACAAAUCAUGUUGGACAAUGCUGAAAUCCUUGUCGUGCUGGCGCUGGAACUCUGAUGCUUUUACUUCACAUUUGACUGCGUCCACUUGCUUUUUCUUUGAGGAAGACUCAUAUAUAUUUUUUUAUUAAAUAAUAAUAAUUUUCAACCUACAUGAAUAUCUGCAAAGUUCUCAGUACACAGAUGUUAACAUGUUACAAAGGUUGCGCAAGUUAAGCUCGAAUGGGUAUGUGGGAAAUACUUCCUCUAUCGUGUCAAAUUUUAGAUGAGAUUGUAGACCGGGAGGAAGUGAUAUUGUGUAUGUCUUAUUUGCACAUGCUCAGUUUCAUAAAGCACCGCCUUUUUCCUCCUUGUAUUUUUACAUCUCUGAAAUUUAUUUUAUUUUUUUUAUUCUGAAUGUGAAGAGUUUUUAAUUAAAAAUGUAAUUUGCUGUAUUGCUCUAA